AUGUUAACCUUGAUGGAAUACACCAAUGUAGUUGCAUGUCCCGGUCCCUCAACUAGGACAACUGUAAGUAACCAGUCAUCAAAGUUAUUAUUUAAAGUAUUGAAGGGAAAAGUUGCAAAUCCCUAUCAAAACCGUAGUGGUUUUAAUAGGGAUAAACCUAGAAUCAAUAUCGUUUCUGAUGUAAUUAUUAGACCUGCUAAUUCAAAAUUAAUCAAAAAUGAUGAGACACAAUUUGAACAAUUUGCCAAGUCGUCUUUAAGUCAAUCUUUGAGGGAAGAUUGUCUUGAAGAGGAUGUGAUUGAAUGUAGUCAGUUAAGUGUGAAAGAGAAGCAAUUAGCUAAUCACGCUGUUGCUAAUAUUGUUCAAAUCGUUGAUGAGGAUGAUGAUGAUUCUAUGGUUAUUCUUUCAUCACAACCUGAUAGUGAAUUAUCGUUUUCUUUACCAUUCACGCAAUACCUGGCUCAACAUGGUAUUGAAAAUGAUUAUUCGGACGACAUCUCGUUGACCUUAAUAGACCAGUUUAUUAACGAAGACGAGGCGGCGUCCAAUCCGGUUGUGGAUGAAGGAAUUUGUCCCAUCAAUAAUUCGGUUACCGAUGAGUUAAAUGUAUUUGAUAAUGAUAUGGUGGUGGUGGUGGUGGUGGAAGAACCCCCAAUCUCUCCCAGUCCACCACUACCACCACAAAGCCCCUUCGUUGAGCCAGUGUUUACCCGCCCCGUUACACCAACAUCUCCUGAAGCGGCACCCGCGGUAUUAACUCAACCCCCUAUGAUAAUAUCGCAGGACAUCAUUGACGCUUUAUCGGAGCCUUGGGUUGAGGUGGAAAACGUUAUCAAUGGUAACGUUGAACAUCCCCCUCAACCCAAUUCACCGAUUAUUGAGGAAAAUGAUGUUCUGCCAGAGAGAUUGGUGGUGGUAGAGGCCGAAAAUAACAUCAUUCGGUCACCAUCACCACCACCGUCACCCAUGAUAUUAUUACAGGGCGUCAAUGACAUACAACAACCAUCUGGAUCCGAGGUUGAUGUGGAACUUAACAUCAUCACACCACCACUCCCUCAGCCUCCUGCAACGUUCGAUCCGAUGAGUAUUAUUACUCAAAAUGUCAUUGACGCACUGGCAGAGCCGUGUGUUGAAGAGAGGAGGCAGGGUGAAGAGAUGGAUGUUGAAAAUGACAUCAUUCAACCCUCUCAAUUGUCACCCAUUCUAGGGCAAAUAAAUAAUAGAGUUGAGAAUAGGGUGGAGGGUGGAGACGUUGAUGUCGAAAACGAAGACAAUGACGACGACGACGACAUCAUUCCACCCACUCCCCCUCACUCACGAUCAAGGAGGAGUCGGCGCCCUAGAAAGCCUCGUAGACGUUCGCGAAAGUCCCCAUUAAUAUUAAUUAUUAAUAAUUAUAAUAUUAAUAUUAAUAUUAAUGAUGUUAAUAUUAAUAAUUAAUAUUAAUAAAUCCUAUUUCCGUCCUACACUCAUAUCAAGUACAUUUAAUUCGGACGCGAUUUUCCAAAUUUUAACAUCAUACUACCUACAACACGAUGGCAAGCAUGCUCCUCCUCCUCGAGGUCUUGCUGGAUACCUAUCUUUGAACACAAAAAAAUAUAUAUUUAUAUAGUAUAAAUAAAAGUCUUUCAAAGUAACAGUAACAGAACAAAGUAACAGAAGGCAGCAAAUUUAUAAUUAAACUUUAUUAGUAACCUGUUUAAUUUAUUAUUUCAUAUUUUCAUAAGAAAAUGCAUCACUGUGAAAACUGUAAUAAACAAUUUACAACCCGUCAAUCACGACUACGCCACGAAAAGCUCUAUUGUCAAGUGGUCAAAAAACAGGAAAAUGGAGGACCGGCCGCCAAAAAAACAGAAAAUAUGUCAUUCAACUGCUAGCAACAAUUAUAUGUGCGUUACAUGUAAUCAAGAAAUUGCUCCAAAGCUUAUUACGGUCCAUGAGAGAAGUAGACAGCAUAGAAAUAAUUGUCAAAGUACUCCCUUGGAGGAUAGGGUGUUUGCACUCAGCAGUGCAUUUAAAUCACGCAUCGCUUCAUAUAGGAUUUGUGAUGAGGGCGAUUAUAUCGAUUUAAAUGAAUUUAUGGAUAAAAUUCACAAUAAAUUACUUGGACUUAUUGUUUCACAAAUUGAAAAAUUUAGUACAAUCAAAAUUAAUUUGGAAUUAUUUGGAUUGUAUACCAUUGAGUCAAAAAAUAUAUUUGAUGUAAAAUCUUUCAAUACUACUAACAGAAUUGUCACUUUAGACACGAAUAUUAGGAAUAUGUUGCAUGAUUUUCAAGAAGUUAUUAGUCAAAAAAUGAUGGAUUUUUUGGAACGAGAUUCAGGCUGGACACUUGUGAAAAUUUUACAUUUAGAAUUAAAUGUAAACUAUUACAAUCCAUUGAAAGCUUCAUCGUAUAUCCCACUACCGCCAAGCGUGAAAAUGAAGAGGGCAAUAGUUAAUGUUCAAAAUCAGGAUAUUCAUUGUUUUGGUUGGAGUGUCGUAGCAGCAGUGUGUCUACCUAUGGGACCAGAACAUUUACCCAGUUCAUAUCCACAUUGGUCGACACUUUUUAAUUUCCAAGGUAUUGAAUUUCAUGUAAAACUGGAUAGUAUUGCAAAAUUUGAAAGUCAAAAUAAUGUCUAAUGUCAAUUAAUGUUUACGGACUUGAAUUACUUUAUGUAAACAAUAAGGUAAAAUUUGAAAUUGUGGGACCAUUAUAUUUUACAAACUUUAAGAAACCGGUACAUAUAAAUUUAUUAUUGUUGAGUGAUAACGAUGGUAACCAACAUUACUGUACAAUAACUAAUUUGCCACGUUUAGUAUCUUCCCAACUCUCAAAACAUCAUCAUUCAAAAUUUUUCUGUGAUGGAUGUCUACAAUAUUUCACAACCCAAGCUUUAUUAGAUAGACAUUCUUCGACUGAUUGUGGAAAACUUUAUGCUAGAAUCCCAAAUAAUGAAUUAAUAACAAAUAGAUUUGGUUAUAAUGUUCCCGCUAAUGUAUUAGAAUUUCAAAAUUAUCAUCAUAAAAUGACUAUCCCAUUUAUUGUUUAUGCUGAUUUCGAAUGUUUAUUGAAACCUAUGAGUACAGUUGCACCAAAUCCAAAUCAAUCAUUUUCGAUAAAAACUUUUCUCCAUCAACCAUAUUCAUGUGCAUAUUACAUUAAAUGUUCAUAUAACGAUCAAUUAUCUAAAUUCCAAAGUUUUCGAGGACAGUCAUCUGUGGUUGACUUUAUUACAGCAUUAGAAAUAGAUUUGAUAGAGAUUUAUAAAAAGUAUUUAAGUAUUGUACAACCAAUGCUUCCAUUAACUAUUCAAGAAGAGUUUGAUUAUCUUACACCAACGGAAUGUCAUAUUUGUCAAAAACCUUUUCAACAGAAUGAUAUUAAAGUAAAAGAUCACUGUCAUUUAACGGGUCGUUAUAGGUCCGCCGCGCACAGUAAUUGUAACUUGAAUUUUCAAAUUCCAAAUUUUAUUCCGAUAGUAUUUCAUAAUUUAACAAAUUAUGAUAGUCACUUAUUCAUUAAAGAGUUGGCCCUUGAAGAAAGUGAAAUUAAUAUCCUUGGUAAAACUAAAGAGAAAUAUAUUACAUUUUCGAAAAAAAAUUGUGUAGGCGAAUAUCUAAAUUCAAACAAUCAAAUAGUCAAGGAGCACUUACACUUGCGUUUUAUAGAUAGUUUUCAGUUUUUGGCAUGUUCAUUAGAAAAACUGGCAGCAGCCUUGGAUGAUGCUCAAUGUAUGGAAGUAAAACGAUACUUUCCCGUUGACAGAGAAUUUCAGUUAAUUAGACAGAAAGGGGUUUUUCCAUAUUCAUUUAUCGAUGAUUUUUCUAAAUUAGAUCUCACGGAAUUACCACAAAAAAUUGAUUUUUACGAUAAACUUCGCGAUGAGCAUAUUUCUGAAGAUGAUUAUCAACGAGCUAAUACCAUAUGGGAUACAUUCCAUUGUCAGACUCUAGGCGAAUAUUCUGAUCUCUAUUUAAAAAGUGAUAUUUUACUAUUAGCUGAUGUCUUUGAGAAUUUUCGAAACAUGUGCCUUAAGCAUUAUGAACUUGAUCCAGCACAUUACGUGACAGCACCAUCUCUUAGUUGGAAUGCUAUGCUUAAAUUUACCCAUGUAAAAUUAGAAUUAUUGACUGAUAUAGAUAUGUUGCAUUUUUUCAAAAAAGGGAUUCGUGGGGGAGUUAGUACAUGUGUUAAACGAGCGGCUCAGGCAAAUAAUAAAUUUCUUCCAAAUUAUGACCCUUCGAAACCGACAUCAUACAUUUUAUAUCUCGAUGCAACAAAUCUCUAUGGUCAGGCUAUGAGUGAAGUACUCCCUUUAGGUGGAUUUACUUGGUUAACGCAAGACGAAAUUAAUUCACUUAGUAUUAUGGAAAUGACUGAUACCACACCUGAAGGUUAUGUCCUUGAAGUAGAUAUCUCUUAUCCUUAUCAUUUACACAACUCUCAUAAUGAUAUGCCAUUUCUACCUGAAAAUUUAAUUCCACCAAACGGAAAAUGUGCUAAACUCAUUCCAAAUCUAUGUGCUAAAACAAACUACAUAAUACACUAUCGAAAUUUAAAACAAGCCCUACAAAAUGGACUGGAAUUGACAAAAAUUCAUAGAGUACUAAAAUUCAAUCAAUCGUCAUGGCUCAAACCAUAUAUUGAUUUAAAUACGAAAUUACGAAAUCAGACUAAAAAUAAGUUUGAAAAAGAUUUAUUUAAACUCAUGAAUAAUAGUGUGUAUGGAAAAACCAUGGAGAAUGUCGAUAAUCGGGUAGAUAUUAAACUGGCUACACAUUGGAAAAAAAACGGUCACAAGUAUGGAGCAGAGACAUGGAUAGCCAAACCACAAUUUAAAAAUUGUUCUAUUUUUACUGAAAAUUUAGUUGCAAUAGAAAUGAAUAAAGUUCAAGUAACAUAUGAUAAACCUAUUUAUGUAGGAUUCAGUAUAUUGGAAAUUUCAAAAACUUUAAUGUAUGACUUUUUUAUAAUUUUCUUAAAGUUAAGUAUGGAAAUAAUGUACAGCUUUUGUAUACGGAUACGGAUUCAUUAAUUUUAGAAAUUUAUACGGAAAACAUAUAUAAUGAUAUUAAACAGAAUAUCGAUCGGUUUGAUACUUCAAAUUAUCCCGAGAAUAAUAUUCAUGAUAUUCCUAAAACUGUGUCUGUUAUCGGUAAAAUGAAAGAUGAGUAUGCUGGUGUACCAAUUGUACUACUUUAUGGCACCGGUGCCAAAGCAUAUUGUGUGCAAACAGUGAAUGAUGUAAUUAAAAAGGCUAAAGGUGUAAGUAAACAUGUAAUUGAUAAAUCUCUAACACUGUUACAAUAUCGGGCAAUUGCAACAAAUCCCUCAUCUUCAUCAGUUUUCUGUGUUAUGAAGGUUUUCAAAUCUUAUUUACAUAAUAUGUAUACCGAAUUAAGGAAUAAAAUAGCACUGUCUAAUUUCGAUGAUAAACGAUACAUUUUAGGUAAUUCAAUUGAUACAUUAGCCUGGGGACAUUACGAUAUUGAUAGAGAUCGAAAUUUAGAUUCUCUAAUUAGAGAAUUGCAAAAAUAUGUGGAACCCACUGAUUGAAUUUUACCUUAUUGUAGAUAUGUAACGAUAUGUAACCAUUUAUUUAUACUACGUAUUUAUUAUUAUUAUUAUUAUUAUUAUUAUUAUUAUUAUUAUUAUUAUUAUGUAUUUAUAAUUGAUGUAAUGUGUAAAGUAUUUUUAUUUGUAUUCUGUAAGUCAACAAUGAAACUUGUGCAACAAAAAGAUUUAUUAAAAAUUUCUAACCACGA